CCAGUCGUUUGUUCGGUCGCAACGGAGCUCGGCCGCUCGUAGGGCGCCAGACAGUUGGCUCUUUAUUUUGGCAAAGUCUCCCCGAGGCAUCCACAAAGACCCCACACGCAGCCCACGACUCCUGGGAUCGGCCCCCGACCACCCACGCGCGUGUCCUCUCCAGGACGUGUGACCGAGCACUGCUGCCGCAGAGUUGAAGGGGCAAAGAGUAAGAAAGUAAGGAAGUAAGGAAGAAGAAGAAAAAAAAGUUGGUCCAGGAUGGAGGCGAUCAAGAAGAAGAUCGCGGCCCUCAAGAAGGAGAUGGACGAGGCCAACGAGAAGGUCGAGGCGAACGAGGUGAAGGCCAAACAGGAGAACCUGCGCGCCGACAAGAUAUACGACGAGGUGCACGAUCUCGAGAAAAAGCUCAUCCAGAUGGAGAAGGACUACGUCGUGUGCAAGGAGUCCUUCGAGGCCCAGACCGCCGAGCUCGAGCGCUGCGAGAAGGCCUACACCAAGGCGGAACAAGAUCGCACGUCGAUGACGAAGCGCGUCCAGGAGAUCGAGACGUUGCUCUCGAAGAAGGAGGAGCUGCGGCUGACGGCCCAGAUAAAGCUGGGCCGGGCGACCGAGUUGAACGACGACGCGCGCCGCAUGUGCAAGGUCCUCGAGGAGCGCAGCCGGCUGGACGUCGAGCGCGUGGAGAAGCUCACCGCCGAGCUGAAGGACGCGCGCCUGCUGGCCGAGGACGCCGACACCAAGUCGGACGAGGUAGUCAGGAAGCUGCAGUUCGUCGAGGAGGAGCUCGAGGCCGCCGAGGAGAGGGUCAAGACGAGCGAGGCAAAAAUCAUCGAGCGCGAGGACGAGCUCUUCAUCGUCCAGAACAUCGUGAAAUCGCUGGUGGUGUCCGAGGAAAAGGCGAACGCGCGGGUCGCGGAUAUGAAGGAUCAGCUGAAGGCGCUGAAGAAGAGGCUCAAGCAGGCGGAGAAGCGCGCCAUCAUAGCCGAGAGGACUGUGAAGAUGUUGCUGAAGGAUGUCGAUUUCAAAGAAGACGAGCUGAGGGAGGAAAAGGACAAGUACAAGGCGCUGUGCGACGAUCUCGACUCGACGUUCGCCGAGCUCACGGGCUUCUAGACUCCUCGGCGAGAAAUAGGUACCUAUGCCCACCGUCACCGUCAUCAUUUUCCUUUUUUUUUUUUUUGCAUCCGCAUCAGCAGCUCUCCUUCGCUUCGAUUUUUCCCGACAGGCUGCAGUCCGCUUUUCAUCUCAUCUGUACCGCGAGAGCUCCAUUUCUCACAGCUUACGCAGCGCUUCAUUGUUUCGUCACCUAUUGGAUAUUUGGGUUGCCGCUGCUACCGUAUAAGCUCUCUCUCUCUCUCUCUUUGACUCGAACGCUUAGAGCUCUCUGCAAUUUUUUUUUUUUCGUCGCUCUUAGCUAUAACUGUGCGUUCAGUUAUCGGGGACUUUUCUGUCCAACGGAUUUCAUGGUAAUGGCAAUAAUAAUGACAAUAACAGCUAAAGAUUUGGUUUUCUUUUUCAAUUAAAACGCGUGGCUUUCACGUAUUUAUACAUCUGUUGCUUAUAUUUUCUUCUUCCUUUUUUGUUUUUUUGUUUUAUUUUUAUUUAUUACAUUUUUUUUUUUUUUUUUUUUUU